CUCUCCAGCCGUGGAAAUUCACCCAUCUUGUGCGAGCGCUGUGGGGAGGUUUGUCGUGGGGAGGUGGUGCGCGUCAAGAACACGCACUUCCACGUUCACUGCUUCACCUGCCAAGUGUGCGGCUGUGACUUGGUGCACUCGGGUUUCUUCCAUCACUCUGGAGAGUACAUCUGUACCGAGGACUACCAGCGGCUCUAUGGGACCCAGUGUGACAGCUGUGAGCAGUACAUCACUGGAGAGGUGGUGUCUGCCCUGGGGAGGACGUACCACCCACACUGCUUCGUCUGCAGCGUCUGCAGGAGUCCGUUCCCAAUCGGCGACAGGGUGACCUUCUGUGGGAAGAAGUGUGUGUGUCAGCAGUGCUCACACUCUCUGAACAGCGACAAGCCCGUCAAGGUCCACGGACCAAGCUACUGUGCAGGCUGUGGCGAGGAGAUCAAACAGGGUCAGUCUCUGCUGGCUCUGGAGAGACAGUGGCACGUCAGUUGUUUUAAAUGCCGAACGUGCGGCUGUGCGCUCACUGGAGAGUACAUCAGCAAGGAUGGGAAACCUUACUGUGAGACCGACUACCACACACAGUUUGGGAUCAGGUGUGAGGGCUGUAACAGGUACAUCAGCGGCAGAGUCCUUGAAGCUGGAGGGAAGCAUUACCACCCCACCUGUGCCAGGUGUGCCCGCUGUCACAUGAUGUUCCUGGAAGGAGAGGAGAUGUACCUCACAGGUUCAGAGGUUUGGCACCCCAUGUGUAAAGAAGCAGCUCGGCUGGAGAGAAAACUGAGGCUGAGACGUACCUCUGAGACGGCGUCCAUUUCUCCUCCAGGCUCCUCGCCUCUCCUCGGAUCUCCUCACCGGCUCAUCUGUUCCAAGGCUGACGGUGAUGUUUUGGACUAUAAGCAGCUGGCGGCUCUGCCCAGGGUCAAAGCCAUAUAUGACAUCCAGCGGCCUGACAUCAUCCCUUAUCAGGCCGACCAUGCGCACACACACCUCACAGACGACGCUCUUGAGCGAUACAGCUGUGGACAGUCAUUGAGCUCCUUAUCGCCGUACUCUCAUGAUGUUUUGGACGGCGUGGAGCUGAGAACGAGGCGUUCCUCCAGCUCAGCCUUCACCGACUCCCCUGCACACAGCCGCCACGGAGGAUCCCCACUGCAUUAUUAUCUCCCCGGCAGUGAGAGUGGCAGGAGUUCACCCUAUUACAGUCAGCCAGAGCCCAGGUGUGCUACACCCACCACCACCCUCCAAGCCCCCAAGCAUUUCCAUGUGCCAGCUUCUGAGGAAACCAACAUCUACAGGAAACCCCCCAUCUAUAAGAGACAUGACGUCUCUGCCUCGCCAACAGCCAAUAAGAGUAAAACCAACGAGAAUCUCAUCAACUCCAGUCGCCUUUCCUCCUCCAACUGUAACAGCAUUUAUCACCCGGGCUCCAACUACUACCCUUAUACUGGCUCUCCAAAAGUCUCCAGAGUGAGGAGGUUUUCAUCUGGAGGAGAGGAGGAUGGAUGGAACCACAAUAUCAACAAGGGAAUUGGCAGGAUGAUCCUGAAGGAGGAGAUGAAGGCGCGGUCAGGUUGCCACGACAAUGACCAGUGGGGGAGCAGACGCAGUUCCCGCUGUAGCAGCAAGGAGGCGCUGAACAAUGUGGGCUACAGCUCCCUUAAUGGCUCUCCCCGGUCCGUCUACAGCGCAGACAACUCGUACAUUGCGAAAUCGGCCUCGUUGCCAGGCUAUGGUAGAAAUGGACUAAACAGGCCUGGAAGUGCUGGUGCAGAUUAUUACCAGUAUGACAGCAGUAAUGCAGUUAAUUGGCAGAUCAGAGAAUACAAGAUCUACCCAUAUGAAGCCCUAGUGGUGUCCGUCAGAGGGCAGCAGCGUCUCCCUGGCGACGUGGACCGAGCCAGGCUGGAGCGUCACCUCUCACCAGAGGAGUUCUACAGAGUCUUUGGCAUGUCCAUGUCUGCCUUCGACCGUCUUGCUCAGUGGAAAAAGAACGAACUUAAGAAACAGGUCCGACUCUUUUGA